CAGUACAGGCAUUAUAAAUAAAGGCUAAAGAAAUCAAAGCCAUGGUUAAGGAGGUUGAAGCUGAAGCAAAACUUAGGGUUGGAAUUGAAACUCUUUGGAAAGCUUUGGUCAAAGACUUGAGAUUUAUUGUUCCAAAGCUCAUGCCCAACUCUGUUGAAAAAGUUGAGCUCAUUCAUGGAGAUGGUGGCCUUGGCUCUGUCUUGCUCUUCCAUCUUGUACAUGAUGAGGAGAUGAUGAAAAGGCAAAAGGAAAAGAUAGUGAAACUUGAUGAAACAAAGCAUGAAUUUGGGAUAGAAGUGAUGGAAGGGAACAUAUUGAAAAGAGGGUUUAGUUCUUUCAACACAACGUUCAAACUUUCUUCUAUUAGUGAAAAGGAAACCCUCGUGGAUUUCAAAGUUGUUUAUGAAACUGAACUGGGUGAUGAUGAAGUUGAACAAUCUCACUUAGAGAAAGUGGCAACUUCCACGUCUCUUUCUUUUUUCCAACUCUUGGAAAACUUUCUUCUUGAUUCAUCAUCGUAUGAUGUGUUUGGGCCCCAAACGAAGGAUACAUUUGCAGUCUGGAUUAUGGAAAUCCUAGUUUUAGGGUUUCAAUAA